CUCUCUAGCUAGCUUAGCUAGCACAUUCUCGCUCUAAAAACCCGCUCUUGACUUUCUCUCAUCGGCAAUUCAACAACAGCGGAGACGGAGAGGUAAGACAGCGAGACGUUGUAGUAGUAUAUGAAUAUAAUAUAAAUAAGAUCACUUCUUUCUCAGUGAGACAGUGACUGCUUGUAGUUGGAAGAAGAAGUUCUAGAGAGAGAGAGAAAUGAGUUUCAGAGACGAAAAUGAAGAUGGGAGGGAUCUUAAAAAACCUUUUCUUCACACGGGUAGUUGGUACCGAAUGGGUUCCAGGCAGUCCAGUGUGAUGGGCUCCUCUCAGGUCAUUCGUGAAAGCUCAAUCUCUGUUCUCGCUUGUGUUCUAAUCGUCGCAUUGGGUCCUAUCCAGUUCGGUUUCACUUGUGGGUAUUCUUCACAAACGCAAUCUGCUAUCACAGAGGACCUUGCACUUACGGUAUCUGAGUUCUCUUUAUUCGGUUCUUUAGCAAAUGUGGGUGCAAUGGUUGGUGCCAUAGCUAGUGGUCAGAUUGCUGAGUAUAUUGGGCGGAAAGGGUCUUUGAUGAUCGCAGCCAUUCCUAACAUAAUUGGUUGGCUUGCUGUAUCAUUUUCAAGAGAUGUUUCGUUUCUGUACAUGGGAAGGUUGUUGGAAGGAUUUGGUGUGGGAAUAAUAUCUUACACAGUGCCUGUAUAUAUAGCUGAGAUAGCUCCUCAAAACUUGAGAGGGGGGCUGGGUUCUGUGAACCAGCUCUCUGUCACAAUUGGAAUACUGCUGGCUUAUGUGCUGGGUCUUUUUGUUAAUUGGAGAGCACUUGCAGUUCUUGGAAUUUUACCAUGUCUAGCAUUGAUACCUGGCUUAUUUUUUAUUCCAGAAUCUCCUCGGUGGCUGGCAAAAAUGGGGAAGACGGAAGAUUUUGAAACUUCUUUGCAAGUUCUCCGGGGGUUUGAUGCUGAUAUUUCCACUGAAGUAAAUGAAAUUAAGAGGUCCGUAGCAUCAAGCAGCAGAAGAGCUACAAUCCAAUUUUCAGACCUUAAACAAAGAAGAUAUUGGUUUCCACUUAUGAUAGGAAUUGGAUUGCUUGUCCUGCAACAGCUAACUGGAACUAAUGCUGUUCUCUUCUAUUCCAGUACCAUUUUUGAAACUGCUGGGAUUUCAUCAAGUAAUAUUGCUACUUGUGGGCUUGGUGCUGUCCAGGUCAUUGCAACUGCAGUUGCUACAUGGUUGGUUGACAAAACAGGCCGUAGACUUCUGCUCAUUGUGUCCUCCUGUGGAAUGACUCUUAGUCUCCUAGUCGUCUCGGUUUCCUUCUUUUUGAAGGACUUUGUAUCUGAUGAUUCUACCUUCUAUAAUGUAUUGAGCAUCCUGUCGGUAGUUGGAGUUGUGAGCAUGAUAAUUGCCUUUUCUCUUGCAAUGGGACCGAUUCCUUGGCUUAUAAUGUCUGAGAUUCUCCCAGUACAAAUUAAAGGCCUUGCUGGAAGUGUAGCAACUCUAGCAAACUGGUUCUUUUCUUGGCUAAUUACGAUGACUGCAAAUUUGCUUUUGACUUGGAGCGCCGGAGGAACCUUUUUUCUUUACAUGCUUAUGUGCGCUUUCACCGUCGUGUUUGUGACCAUUUGGGUGCCUGAGACAAAGGGCAAAACCUUGGAAGAAAUUCAGUGGUCCUUCAGAUAAUUUUUUCCCCCACCUUAAACUAAAUUUGUCCUUUUUUUUUUUUUUUUUUUGCCCUUUUCUUUUCCAUUUUGUCAUGAUGUUGUCAUCAUCGGUGUUGGAAGAAGUGAAUUUUUGCAUUUCCAAUUUUGCAAUAUCGACACGGAGUACACACGAUCUUUUUUCCCAGUGCCUUGAGUUCCUAUGCUUGUAUUGUUGAUCGGCUUUACGAAUUCUUUGUAUGAAUACUGGAAUAAUGUAUGUCCAACUCUAGUUGUAAUGAAUUUUGA